AUGACUGUCCUAUCCAGGUUAUUAUUGUCAGCCGUCACGUUCUCGUCUCUCGUCGUCGCGAGAUGGAUCGUCCCUGGCGGACGGUGGCUCGACACGGACGGGGAGAGGAUACGAUGCCACGCCGGCGGCAUCACCGUCAAGAAAGAAACCGGUCGAUUCUUCUGGUUCGGCGAGUACAAGACAGAGGAUAUGCCGGAGGGAGGCGGUGUGUCAGUGUACAGCUCGGAUGACCUCGUCACCUGGGAGAACCACGGGCUCGCCCUCAUUCCCGAAGAGGGCCAUGAGUUCGUUGCCCCCGACAUGAUAAUCCAACGCCCCAAAGUUGCCUAUAGCAAGGCGACGGAGCAAUAUCACAUGUGGUGGCACGCCGACGACGAAGACUAUAGCCCUCUGCUGCAAGGCCUCGCGACCUCUCCCAACAUCACCGGUCCCUACUGCUUCGUCGACGCCACCGCGCCGCUGGGAAAUUGGUCGCAAGACUUCGGUAUGUUCACCGACCGCAACGACGGGCGGACCUACGCCCUCUACUCCAACGGCGACAGCGUCGAGGGCCGCGACGUCUACCUAUCGGCCUUCAACGAGGAAAUCACCGAGGUAGAGGAGGUCACCUUCCGAUGGGACAAGUUCGACCUCGAGGCGCCCACCAUCAUCCAGACGGACGCGGGUUACUUCGCCAUCAUGAGUCAUAAGACGGGGUACCGUCCCAACAACGUGGUCGCCUUCCGCGCCGACGACCUCUCGGGGCCCUGGAGCCAGCCGUUCAUGAUCGCCCCUCCUUACACGCGGACCUUUAGCUCGCAGUCCGGGUUCUCGCUGCGCAUCGACGGCACGAAACAGACCACGUACUUGUACCUCGGCGACCAGUGGGAUCUCAACUCCAACUGGGAAGCGCGCUACAUCUGGCUGCCCAUCAUCGUGGACGAGGAGACGCAGAGCAUCAAGCUUGCGUGGUACGACGUGUACGACCUCGAUGUCGAGACGGGCGAGGUGACACCCAUUAUGGGCGAGACGUACUACGCGUACGAGGACGACACGGUCGUGGCCGGAGAGGCGUGGAAGCAGGAAGCGACUUUUUCGUCGGGGAGGAAGAUCGCGACGGGGAUCUACGGGAACGACAGCACCGUCACCUUCACUGGUAUCGAGGGUGCCGGGGCGAAACAGUGGGUUUCAUUUUACUACCAGAACACGGACGACAUGGGUUUUGGCGACCAGCCUUACGGUAACCCGGACCGCAUCGGCGGAGUGUGGCAGAUUCGGCGUAUCAGCAGCGUUGUGGUCAACGGGCGUGAGGAGGAGGUCGAGACGCUCUGGCAACGGGAUACCCACAAGGACAUCAUUCUCUCUACUCCUCUUCUCCUGGAACUUGAUGAGGGGAGUGAGAACAAUAUCACGGUUGGCGGACUGUGGAACGGAUUCGAUUAUAAGGGAGCUGAUCUUGAUUGGAUUGUUGUGUAUCCCCCUGAGCCGACUAACGGUUGCCGCGGCUGA